GACCACUUCAGGAAAGCAGCCUUCCGUUUCCAUCGCUGCAUCCUGCAUGUGUUUGUCUGCGUGAAGAACAUUUCAGAGCGAUUGGAAGAAACUGUCAGCAGUAAAGGAGAUCGCGCCAAGAUGGUGGUGUUAGUGGUUUUCAUCCACUGUUUGCUGUAUGUGGGUUUCACCGGAGGAACUGCUGAUGUGGGUCUUGGUGGUAAAUCCCUACAGUUUCCAGCCAAGACCAAUAACGCCUAUGUUAAAAUCAUUCCAGAUAAACCACUGAGCCUUAAGGCAUUCACUCUUUGCAUGCAUGUCACUGCAAAACUAAUACGAGAUAGAGAGAUUAUUCUCUUUGCCUACAGAAUACCCUAUGAUGAUGAGUUUAAUGUUUGGAUUGAGAGGAAUGGAAAAGUUUCAUUCUAUCUCCGUAGUAGUGGUGACGGAGUGAUUUUUGACUUGCCUUCACUCUCCACACUCCAAACCCAUCUGUGUUUUACGUGGGAAUCAGCCACCGGUCUCAGCGCCGCUUGGAUGGACGGAUGUUGUAGUGCUCUCAAGGUGUACAGAAAAGGUCACUCCAUUCGUCCAGGUGGCGUUGUGCUGAUCGGUCAAGAUACGGAUGCAGAUGUGGGUCAGUUUGACAAAGAGCAGAGUUUUGUCGGUGAAAUCAAAGACGUAAAAUUGUGGGAUUAUGUUCUGCCUGCAAACCAGAUUAAGGCGUUGUAUGAUAGAGAUGAAGUGCAAACCGCAAAUGUGUUGGACUGGGACACCAUCAAAUAUGAGAUACACAACAAUGUUCUUGUGGUGCGGAGAUAUGAAAUCUUUUGUUUAUAAAUACUGUUCACUU